AUGGAUGUCACCUUUGACAACAUCACCUAUACGGUAACCACCGGUAAACGGGAAAAGAAAACCGUCCUCAAUGGUGUAUCAGGACGGUUUCAGACGGGUGAGCUGACCGCCAUCAUGGGUCCGUCCGGUGCAGGCAAAUCGUCACUACUAAACAUCCUUACCGGCUACACGACACAGGGCGUUAAGGGAACGCUCGCUUUCGGCAGCAGUGGUAGCACAAAUCGCAAACUUUGCAGCUACAUACUGCAGGAAGACUAUCUGCAGCCACUCUUUACCGUGCACGAGAUAAUGCUGAUGGCCUGCGAUCUGAAGGUUUCGUCCGACAGUCUUAACCGCAGCGAAAAGCUUCGGCUGGUUGACAAAAUUCUCGACACGUUACAGUUGAGCUACUGCAAGCAGACGCGCUGUGGCAGCUUGUCCGGUGGCCAACGGAAGCGUCUAUCAAUCGCACUGGAGCUUAUCGAUAAUCCGCCGAUCCUAUUUCUGGACGAACCAACUACUGGUCUAGAUAGCUCAUCGUCGCUGUACACCAUCAAACUAUUGCAGGGUUUGGCGCGCGAAGGGCGUACCAUCGUGUGCACGAUCCAUCAACCAUCUGCAACGGUUUACGAAAUGUUUGACCACGUGUACGUGCUGGCUGAGGGUCACUGCGUCUAUCAGGGCUCGGCCCUGAACACCGUACCGUACUUGCGCUCGGUCGGGCUCCACUGUCCGGCGUAUCACAAUGCGGCCGAUUACUUGCUAGAGGUCACCAAUAAGGAGUACGGUAACUUCACCAAAGCGCUUGCAAAGGCCGCUACCGAUCCAAGCUGGCGACUGAACCCGCUCGUACCGGUGGUGGACCGAUUGGGCAGUGGGGUGCCAGCCGCGGGGACACUGGCCUGCCCGCCGGCCUAUGACAGCAAUCACAACGACGCCAUCUAUCAGGGACACCGGAAGGAAGUGGAAUCGUUGACCGUAACGGUGGAGCAGCUGCCGACAAAGAUGAACCAGAAGCACCAACAGCACCGGCCGUCCGAGUUUGCCAAACUGUUGAUCCUGAUGAAGCGCUCCAACAUUCAGCUGUACCGUGACUGGACGGUGACACAUCUGAAGCUGUUUGUCCACAUCGUGUGUGCCAUCGUGAUUGGGUUGCUGUUCGGCGAUUCGGGAAUUAACGCAACGAAAUCGAUCUCGAACGUGGCCUCGUUUAUGGUGCACGUACUGUACCUAUGGUACACGACACUCAUGCCCGGUGUGCUGAAGUAUCCGUAUGAAAUGAAUAUCUUGAAGAAGGAAUCUUUUAACCGGUGGUACAAAAUACGAACGUACUUCGUCGCAUCCAUGCUGACGUCAUUACCAGUUCAGAUCUUCUUUUCGAUUGUUUACGCCUCGAUUGUCUACGCGAUGACGUACCAACCGUGCGAGCUGGAGCGAUAUCUCAUGUUUACGGCCGUGCUGGUGCUCAACACCAUCGUUGCCGAUGGGUUCGGGCUGUUUCUGGGCACGUUCCUGAACGAAAUCAACGGGACGUUCAUCGGUGCCAUCAUGACCUGCUUCAUGUUUGUGUUCUGCGGUUUUCUCAUCAUGUUCAGCCACAUGUCGGAUGCGAUGCGGGGCAUCAGCUACCUUUCGUCGCACCGGUACAGCUUCGAGGCCCUGGUACUGACCGCCUACGAUGACAGUCGAACCGACCUGGUGUGCCCGAAGGACGAGAUGUACUGUCACUACGUGAAAGCCAACACGAUACUACGGGAGCUUGGUGUAGCGUCCGGCAACUAUCUGUUCAACGUGGUAACGCUGGUCGUGCAUUUCGUUGCAAUUAAGGUGGUAGGAUUCUGGACGCUCAAGCGCAAACUAAGGAUGGGUUGA